AUGACUUUGCUUCUGAAGUCGGGCACCGUCCUUAUUCAUAAUGAUGAGGAUAAUGUCGUGCCUACCCGAGCAGACGUCCUGCUUGAAGGAGACCGCAUCUCCAAAAUCGAGGCUACAAUCUCACCACCUCCGUCAUGCGAGGUUAUAGACUGCACGAACAAGAUUGUUUCUCCCGGAUUUGUCGAUACCCAUCAUCAUGGGUGGCAGUCGCCUUUUAAAGGCCUCUUCGGCGACAUGGAUCUUCUCCCUUACUCGGCAAUAACCCAUGCCGCCGGCCGCGAGUUUACACCAGAAGACAUGUUUUGGGCCAAUUUAUCAGGAAGCUUGGAAGCCAUUGACGCCGGAACCACGGCAAACUUAGACCAUGCUCACAUGAAUUAUGACCCCCAGACCCGCGUGCAGUUAGGCUUUGGCUGGGACUUCUAUUUCCUCCCCAAAGAGGAUAUAGAGACAGUUUUUCGCAAAGUCCGGUCGCUAGGGUCCAAGGUCAUUACGUCUCACUUCAUCAGACACCUUCUUGAUGGCGACGGCAACAGCCUGGUCGCGAAGUUCGAGGAUUACGGCCUCCUGCUUGAUGAUAUGGUCUUCUCACAUGCCGGUGGCGCAACCGCCGAGGAUAUUAAAUUAAUACAAGAGGCAAGCUGCCUCAUCUCUGCAACUCCGAACACGGAAGAAGCUAUGCAAGUUGGCCCUACCGUUCCAUUUCGCAAAGAGCUGCCUGGUAUUAACCAGAUUUGUUCGCUCGGCGUCGACUGCCAUUCUGCCACCACUAGCAGCCUGUUAAGUGAGAUGCGGUUGGUUCUGCAAAUGGCUAGGGGCCGAGACAGCGAACAACACAUAAGGCUAGGCAGGCAUCCGUCGGGCCUGAGUCGGAAGACACUGGAGGUCUUCAACAUGGGCAAGAUUCAAGGUGCGCGUGCUCUACGCAUGUCUCAGGAUAUUGGCAGUAUCAGUGUAGGCAAAAAGGGAGAUUUGGUCAUCUUCGAUGUCCUUACACCGGGCAUGUACCGUGCCGCCCAUCGCGACCCCGUCUUGGCCAUCGUUCUUCAUUCAAACAUUCGAGACGUUGACACACUCCUUCCCGUAAACGCAACGGAUUGGAAGCGCAACGGACAAGAUUUCAUCGAAUCAGAUCGCGAAAUACGGUGGGCUGAGGUGAUGGAGCGUGUCUUGGACAUGCAAAGGAGGUUUGUGACGAACAUGUCAGACUACAACCUAUCGGAGCUUGAAUCCGCCGUAAGCACGAAUCGGGGGGUAAAGUAG